CACUUUCCAUUUCUCGGAUUCCACCGCCGAAACUGUAUUGGCGGCUCUCUCUGAAAUCUGAAUCUCGAGGUGCCUUCUCCUGCUCCGGCACUUAGAGUAAGAUAAAGAUGCCAGAGUCUGAUCUUGAAAUGGAGAAGGAAAAUCUUUCCGUUCUUGUUCCACAUGGAUUGAACUCUGAUGGAAAGAUUCGUACAUUGGAAAAAGAGCUGGAAAUGACCAGAGAAAAACUUAUGGCGUCAGAGCAAGAGAGUACAAAUUUAAAGGGUAAUCUCUCUGAAGUAAUUUCAAAAAAUGCUGAUGAAUUGGAGCAUCUGCAUUGUCAAGUUGCUGAGCAGAGAGUUGAACUAGCAAAUAAUGCUUCCAAAAUCAGUUUCUUGGCGAAUCAGCUAGAAAUGGCUAAAGAGAAACUUCAAAGAUCAGAAGAAGCGAAUACCAAGUUGAACUUUGAUCUCUCAAAAAUUGUUUCUGAAAGCACUCAAUUAAGUCAUCAGUUGGAAGCAAGUCGUUGUGAUGUACAUGUGUUGAAAGCUCAACUUGAUUCUGGAAAAAAGUAUGCCUUGGAACUGGAGGAUAUGUACAAAUCCAAGCUUUUAAAUCAGGAAGAUCAGAUGAAGAAAAUCAAUUCAGAAUAUCAUGGUGCAAAGGAGCAGUUUCUUUUGGAGAAAGAACAGCUCCAAUCUGUUAUAUCUAGUUUGUCUGUGCAGCUGACCUUACAAGAUGAAAUGAAGGAAAUACAGGAGAUGCAAAACAAAGAAUUAGAAGACUUGAAGUCUGAGCUGUAUUUCAAAGAUGAACUCAUCCAAGUUCUCAAUAGAGAACUUGAUGGCUUCAAAUUGAAGUAUGGCACCCUAAUGACCGAAAAAGAUGAGACCAUUGCUACACUACAGACCCUGAAAGCAGUACUCUCCUCCCGAGAUGAUGAAAUUCAGCAGCUGGAGGAUAAUGUGAAGCAGCUGCAUUCCAAAUGUUUAUUUCUAAAUGCAGGAUCUCAGAGUGCAGAGAAAUUAACAAAUGAACUGCGACAGAGAGUGGCACACUUGGAGAAAGAAGUGGGUAUGCAGAACGAGGUAAUCUCUGAUAGGGCAGAGGAGAAAAGGGAGGCUAUAAGGCAACUAUGCUUCUCACUGGAGCAUUACAGAAAUGGAUAUCAGCAGCUGCGUGAGGCAUACAUUGAGAAAAAAGAGGCUAACCAUUUUUGCUUAAGGUUUCCGUAAGUAUGCCUUUCUUAUGUUUGUGUUACCAGCUUUGGACAUAUGGCAUUUGUGUUCUUUCUCGUUUAUCUCAGAUGAUUUAGUCUCAAAAUUUGAUGUACCUCAAAACUCAAUGUUACUCCGUAUUAUCCAUUCUUGCCCUCUUCAUCUAUGCUCAAUUGUUUGAGAUUCCA